AUGGAGCCAGAAUCCAUAGAAAUUUGUCCUUAUAACCCUCACCACCGAAUCCCACUCAGCAGACUCCAGUACCACCUGGCAUCAUGCAGGAAGAAGAACCCCAAGAAAGCCAAAAAGAUGGCCAGCUGUAAAUACAAUGCUUGCCACGUGGUUCCCAUCAGAAAGUUGGCUGAACAUGAAGCUACUUGUGUCAACCGAAGCUCCCUGGAAGAAGAGGACACGCUGAGCCCUCUUCACGUUAGUCUCCCAGAGCCGCAGACCGAGGACACACUACCAAGUUUUAUUCCCCAAAAACUUGUUUGUGAAAGUGACACACAAGAGUCACAGAGAGAGACCAAACCCCAGAAGAUCCUCGAGCCAGGACCAGGAGGGCAAACGUCUAGCAGGAAGAAGAGGGCUCUCAAAUGCAUGGAUAGACGCGAAUCUCAAGACGCGAAUCUCAAAAUAAAAAAACCUGCAAAGUAA